GGUUUUAAGAAUGAGUGCAGCUCACCACGGUUUUGGCCCUAUUUCAAAGCAAGUUGCAGUCACGAAUCUAUUAUUAUUAUAAGUAUAAUACAGAUUGUGUGUCAAGGCAUUAUGUUAUACAAUUCAAGCACAAUAUUCAAAUUGUCCCCUAUUGUACGAUAUUGUUAAAAGCCAUGCCACUGUAUAAGUAUAUAUACCAAUUAUUACUUCCUUGUCAGAUGACAGACAUAACUACAAUCAUAUUAGUUGAUGAGUUUUUACAUUAAAACCGCUGUUGAAAUAAAACAACGUGAAAUGAAUGUGCAUAUUAUUUCGUGUUUCCUUAUCGUUUUAAGUACACGUUCAAUCCAUGCAAGUAAAGAAUGUCCGAAUAUAUUUGAGCCCGAAAACGGUAGGUUGGAGAUAACCAGCCAAGGCAAUUUGCAUUUGUCCUCUGCUUCGUUCAUGUGUGACCCAGGCUACCAGAUACACGGAUCUAUUAAACUAUGCUGCUCGGAUGGGGUAUGGGUUAACAGUACAACGGUGGCUACUAAUUGUGUUCCCGAAGUCAAUGGAGCCAUCAGCUGCGAUUCUCCUUUAACCAACAAAAAUGAUGUUCGUUACCAUUACCUUACAAUUCAAGGGACUUUUGCCAAUGGAGGAAUACUUAAUUUGAAGUGUUUAUCAGUGGACGGAUAUGACAACGAUCUAGAAACUCAAACUCUAAGUUGUAUGGAUGGCGUAUGGGAUCAAACACCGAUUGAGUGCCUUGGUCCUCCGAUCCCAACCGACACUCCUAUGAUUAAUUUAUCAACUAAAUCGGACUCAAAUAUAUUGUGGUAUGUGAUUGCCGGUGUAGGUGCAUUGGUACUUUGUAUACUCGGCUGUGUGGGAGUGUAUAUAAUGCGUCGACCACCGAAGAGUCCACACGUAUACAGCACACCAGCUACACCACCCGGUGAUCGGUCGUAUACAAACCCUGGAUUGCCAGAAGAAUACGAGAUGAUCUCUGACGAGAAUACUUUAUCACGGACCAAAAGUAAUAAAAUUCGCUAUGAAGUACCAGAACCUGCAAGUUACGCUACUCAGUUACCACACGAAUACAACUAUGUGACGCCAAUAACUCCAACCAUAUCACCAAGUGAUGUAGACAUGGGCGAGGAAAUCGGUAAAGAUCGUGGAGUUAGUUUAUGCAAAGGAACAGUUCUGUUGCCUGGGAGUACUAGGGUGCAAGACGUUGUAGUCAAAGUCAGUCGCGAUGAUUUUACACGAAGCCAAAUGGCAUGUCUGAGGCGAGAAAUCGAUGGGCUUCAGAACCUCACUCUACACCAGAACGUCAUAAACACCUUAGCUGUCAUCUCUAACGUGCAAACUGAUUGCAUUGGAAUUGUUUCGGAGUAUGCAACAAAAGGUUCUUUGAGAGACAUAUUACACAAGCGGAAAACAGUUGUGAGUGACUAUAGUAAGUCAAUAUAUCAAGUGCUGACCUAUGUCAAAGAUAUCGCAAAAGGAUUGCGUUUCCUGCAUACACAGAAGUUUCUGCAGCCUCAUCUGAAAGCUAGUAAAGUCCUUAUUUUCAGCAAUGGCGUUUGUAAGAUCAGCAACUUUGGACUAAAAAAACUGGGAACUAGUGACAACGUUUAUGACCUAGACCAGCUUGGCGAGAUGGUUCGACCAAGCUGGUUUGCUCCAGAAGUUGUUAAGGACAAGGUUGUAUCUAUUCAAUCUGAUAUAUGGGCGUUCGGAGCGACACUUUACGAAAUAUUUUCAUUUGGCAAAGAUCCGUUUGAAGGUCUGUCAGACAAAGACGUUGUCAAAACUCUAAACAUCGACAAAGACAGCAGCCAGGCCGAAAAAGAGGUUUUCAAGACCCAACCAGAACUUUGCAAGUAUCCGUCAACUCAAGACAUGUUUGUGUUGAUCGGUCAGUGUUGUCAUUGGAAACCAUCAGAAAGACCCGGAUUUAAAGUAAUCCUACAAAGGAUUGAGACCGCUUUGGUAACGGCCAGCAAACAAGAUUAUAUCAACUUCAAGUAAAAUACAGUUAGGCCUAAAUAAAGUCAAUUAAUACAUUAUCAAAUUAACUAUAUAUUGUAUUUUUAAUUACACAGUGACGUUUUAUUCAAUAAACGAUUUCAAUAAUAAUUACAUAGUUAAAUAACAUAUAGUGAUUAUAAUAUAAAAGUAUUAUGCUUAUUUAUCAUUUGUUAUUAGCCUAGAUGGUAAUAUUUUUCAUAUAAUGAAUUAUUCUCUUGAUUAUAUAAGUAAAAUAGAAAAAGAAAAAAUAUUCUAUAAAUUCUUUGAGCUAAAACCCAGAGUCUAAAUGUAAUAAAGGUUUCCAAUUUA